AUGGCAGUUCUAAAGCUGAAGCUUGUGAUCAGCCUUGUACUCAUUCAAGCCCUCAUGAUAAUCCUAGCUUCCCCAUCAAACUCAGAUAUCUUCAGAGAAUACAUAGGAGCUGAAUUCAAUAAUGUCAAAUUCUCUGAUGUUCCCAUUAACCCAAAUGUUGAGUUCCACUUCCUUCUGUCCUUUGCCAUUGACUACGACACCUCAGGUUCUUCACCCACCAAUGGAAACUUCAAUGUCUUUUGGGACACUGACAACCUCGGCGCUUCUCAAGUUUCAGACAUCAAGAAUUCCCAUUCCAAUGUGAAAGUUGGCGUAAGCUUAGGAGGGGACAGCGUCAAUAGUGGCUCUGCUUAUUUUAACCCUUCCUCGGUUGAUUCAUGGGUUUCUAAUGCUGUUUCUUCACUCACAAGUAUCAUCCAGCAGUACAAUCUAGAUGGAAUUGACAUUGAUUACGAGCACUUUAAAUCCGAUCCCAACACCUUUUCCGAGUGCAUCGGAAGGCUUAUAAAAACCCUCAAGGACAAUGGUGUGAUCAAGUUUGCUUCCAUUGCUCCAUUUGAUGACGAUGACGUCCAGAGCCACUACUUGGCCUUGUGGAAGAACUAUGGCCAGUUGAUAGACUAUGUGAAUUUCCAGUUCUAUGCAUAUGAUCAGAGCACCACUGUGUCUCAGUUCAUCAAUUAUUUCAAGCAGCAAAGCUCAAAUUACAAUGGCGGGAAGGUCUUAGCAAGCUUUAGCACUGAUGGGAGUGGUGGACUGUCCCCUGAAAAUGGGUUCUUCACUGCCUGCCAUAGGCUCAAGAGUGAACAAAACCUUCAUGGUAUCUUUGUUUGGUCUGCUGAUGAUUCCAAGAAAAAUGGUUUCCGCUAUGAAAAGCAAUCCCAAGCUCUUUUGGCCAUUCCACACUAGCAUUGUACACCCACCCACAGUCACACUACCCCUGCUGCUAUGGAGAUGAUUAAGAUGCAGGACCUGGAAUGGAGACGUUCCAGAGUACUGUAUUAGUACAGUGCAUGUGCUUUAUCCAGUAGUAAUACAUAUUUCUAAGUAUCUUAUUAUACAUGUGUGCUAUAUAUUUAUGAAUACUAUGUUAUGUUCAUUCAA